CGACCGGCCGGCGACGGAGGCCUGCGAGGCCCAAUCAGGAGAUGGCGGGGAGGUGUGUCCCUGCGCGGCCGCCGUCGCAGCCUGCUGGGCGCGGCCGGCCUGAGAGUCGGGGUUCUUCUUCCGGCAGCCGCCGCUCCUCCGCAGCAGAGAGUCUGUGCAGCAGCUCCAGGCACCAGAGUCCUCGCCAUGCGCGGGCUGGAGAUCUCCGUUCAGGGCUUCGCCGAAUUCGAGCGCGCCGCCCGCCAGCAGCAGAAGGAAGGCCGCUGCGUCUUCGCCUACUUCAGCGGCAGCAAAGACCCGGAGAAUGGAGCCAGCUGGUGCCCGGACUGCGUCAAGGCGGAACCCAUUGUGCGGGCCGAGCUCCCGAACCUGCCAGAAUGCUCCGUCUUCAUCUACUGCCAAGUAGGAGACAGAACCUACUGGAAAGAUCCCAACAAUGAAUUCAGAAAGAAACUGAAGCUCAUGGGCGUACCAACACUACUUAAAUAUGGCACUCCGCAGAAGCUGGUGGAAGAAGAAUGCUUAAAACUGGACCUCGUGCGAAUGCUGUUUACAGAAGACUAGAUCACACUCUGGGCUGCUGCUACCUACAAGCCACCUUUCCAUGGGGACCAUUAUCAUGUCUUUAAUCUUUGUGCAUAUUGGGCUAAGGGGAAGCAUUAUGUGUAAGCAAACGAGUAGCUUGUGAGCAAGUUGAUUAAA